CUCCGUCCCUAUACACGAGACCUACAGACCUACCUCCUAAUAUCACUGAAUCUUCAAACAGCAUGUCUUCAAACGGUAGUAUCUCAUCUUCAUCCACACUGAAAGCCCCGAAACCAACCUUCGACACUAUCAAUACCUUCAAGCUCCCAAAGUCAUCCCGGUACACACCGCAAGUCAAAAAGAUCAAACCAAACAGUUUAUACAACGCUUUGAUCAAACGUUUCAACACAUAUCCCUACCCGAUACCUACUAUCGUCAUCACACCACCAGACGAUAAUGCGCACCUUUACGAGGUCAUCGGCACCGCGGCGCGAGACGAAGAGCUCAUUCAAGAUUUCAAGGCAGUCCUAAAGCGCCACAAGAUACCAUUCAAAGAUAUCAACUUCGAGCUCGCGAAAUCAGAAACCAGUGGAGAUGAAGCCUUGGUUCCCACCCUCCGGAUUGUGGUGGACCGAUACCAGUCUCAUCUGCCGUUUGAAUUUGCAGCAAAAGGCAUCAAUACCGCGUUUGAGACAAGAGCGAUCGGAGGAUUUCAGGUUAGCGUUGUUCGUCAGACAAGGAAAGAAAUGUUUGAUGGAAAGAGGAUGACGAAAGAUAACAUUAGUUGGCUUUGUCAUGGUGAAGCGAGGCUUCACUUUUUUAUCCUACUUUUCAAGACGUUGUCAGCUUUUGGAUUUGUUGCUCAGAGUGAAAUAACCAUCGAUGUUUGA